CAGGCUGCGCUGAUGUAGUUUUUUUUGUGUAAAAUAAAUAUGGCGAGUAGUGAAGAGAACACGUCGGUGAAAAAAGAUAAUUUAGCGGUAAAAGAAACAGCGCAAGCGGCAAAGGAGCGUGAAGAUCGCGUUCGGAUGGUGAGAGAACGUCAGAAUGAGGAGAGACAGCGAAAGUUGGAUGAGCUCAAGGCUCAUGCCCUUGCGGCUCAGCGUUUCCGGGAGCAGAAGGAGGAGGAGAGACGAAGGCGUCUCGAAGAAUCAAGAUCCCGGGAUACGGACCGACGACAUCAGGUGGAGGAGCGAAAGAGGGCAAUUCAGGAAGCUGAACGGGAGAGACGUGAAUAUCUAUUGAGGAAAAAUCAGGAGCGUGAAGCACGCUUCGAGACGAAACGUCGCAAUGAACGAAGCUCCAUUGUUUUUGCCUUUGGAUCAUCGACACCGAGAUUGCUGGAUCCAGGAGAAAUGGGAACUGUUUCUCCGAGUCAGUUCUGGAAUCACAGACGGGCCACUUCUAUUAGCAAUAUUGCAUAUUCUGGUGCUCCUUUGACUCGUCGCAGUUCAGAACGAGAGCUAAAUGAGGCACCGAAAAAACGAGCCACUUCAGCAACAGCACUCGAUCGACAGCGUGAAGAUUACCAUCGAACGUCCAACUCAAUGUAUGAAGUGUUUAAUUGGGGUUAUGCAAAUGAUGAGCGACGUCCGUGCAAAAAACUUCAGUUAUCAAUAGCUGGACCCUCAAUAAAUAUCGAUGAUCCGGGAAGCAAUAAUUCUAAUCACGACGGAGCCGGAAUCGUGACUUCAAACGAUUCACCAGUAUCAUAUCGCAGUGUGGCUAGACGGAAAACAGAUUUAAUGCCAACUGUUCCUAGUCCUCGUGAUGGCACCAAUUAUGGCUCUAGAUCUUCAUUAGGUAGUCACACUCCUCGGAGUCCAGGUCGAGCUGUUUCUAUGACACGCUUGGAUCAAUUGGCACGUCCUGUCCGUCGGAAUGGUGAACAUAUAAGUGCUAUUUUGGAACGGGAGCGACAGCAGGAGAUUGCCCUACUAUCGCCCGGAUCGUCACCGAUUAGCCAAGGGCGUGACCUACAGGGGAGAUCGACAGAGCGGAAGAGUAUGUCCAAGAGUAUGAUUCAUCUGGCACCAUCAAAGUACCGAAAGAGUUGUCCACCAGCCAAUUUGAACCAUUCAGCUGAUGGUGGUCAAAUGAGGAGAUCACCGCUGAAAUUAUCGAGAAGUAUGUGCAAUUUGGAUAAAUCUGGUGGCGGCAGCAUAAGGAAAAUUGAUGCUGUCGUCACUGUUAGGAAAGCGGACAAUGCUAAAGAUUCUGUUGACAAAGCAGGAAUGAGAUCAGGGGAGGUGACACCAGGUGGAACUCUGUCAUCUAGACCAAAUAGUGCGAUGUCCAAUUCGACUGUUGUGUCGUCAACUGUGUCCAGAAGGUCAGGAGUAGCACCCAGAAAGCCCAGACCGGCUAGUAUUGCAGUUACAGGUGUUUCCCUACAAAAUGGUAACAAUGCCGAUGGGCAAAAGGGAUCAGUGAAACAGGAGAAGCCACCAUUACCAAAAGUCACGGCACAAAUAAAGAAAAACUUCUCAUCCGGUUCAUCUUCACUCAUGACACGAUCACUGGAUUUGUCCGGAAAGAAGUCUCUGGAGAGGGCUCCCAUCAAGAGUCGUGGUUCUUCAAAGAAUACCACACCGCUCUUGUCACCGGGAGUUGAGAAGGAUGUUAAAAUACCUCCCCAGCAACAGAAGGUUCCAGCCAGUGAUGGAGAUGCAAAGAUUCCUCUUCCGAAGGAGGAGAAACCGGCACAAAUUCAGAAAGAAGUGAAACAGGAGGUUCAGGAGGAAGUGAAGAAAGAGGAGGUGAAAAAAGAAGUGCCGAUGACUGAGGAAGUGGACAAUAAGAAGGUGGAGGAGGAGAAAGUUGAAGUGAAAGUCCAGGAAAAUGGUGUUAGGGAGGAAGAGACCAAGGAGACGACAGUGACUGAAGAGGUGGUAGUUGUGGAGAGCACAAAGGUUGUGGAGCAACAGAAUAACAGUGACCAGGAUGAAACCAGUGAUGUGAUGUCAACGUCAAUGAUGUCCAAGAGUCGUAUAACGACAGAAGAGGAGGCCAAGGCGGCCCUAGCGGAGAGACGACGUCUGGCUAGGGAGGAAGCUGAGCGUCAGGCGGAAGCUGAACGUUUGCGCAUUGAAGCUGAGGAGGAGGCUGAGAGGCAGCGUAUAGCGGAGGAAGAAGAGAGACAGCGUCAGCUGGAACAGGAAGCACUGAGAUUGGCGGAGGAACAGAGGAAGGCCGAGGAGGAACGUCUGGCGCGUGCAAUUGAGGAGGCACGCAAGCGUGAGGAGGAAGAGAGACUGCAGCGUGAGGAGGAGGCUCGUCAGAAGGCUGAGCGUGAGGAGCAGGAGAAGAAGGCACGCGAGGAGGCGGAGAAACUUCGGCUCCAGACGGCUGAGAGGCACAGAAGGGAGGAAAUGGAGCGUGAGGAGAGGCGAAAGAGAGUGGAGGCCAUUAUGUCCAGGACAAGGCCAAGGGGAUCCGUCGGAGGAACUCCCACCAAGGGAAGUGGCGAUGAAAAGUCCGGAGGAGAUGGCAAGAAUGAUGGCCAGAAUAGUGGACAGGAGCAGACGACGCAGGAACAGACUGAAUCGGCAGAUAUUCACUCAAAGAACAUUCCAAGCAACAAUCAAAAGGACACAGAGUCGGAGAAGAUGCAGAAGCAGCAGCAGCAGCAGGAUUAUGAGCAAUCGGUGACUGAAAAAGAAAAUGCUCUGCUUGGGAGUUUCACUCAUCAUAUUGUCGACAGUGUCAACAACAAGUCCACCAAUCACUUUCACGGUCAACCUGUGAUUGGCGAUGGUCACCAGGAGAAUGUUCUCAUCCCCGACGUCAUUAACAACAAAGUGCUAAAUAACACAACUGAGAAUGGCUUCAAGAAUAGCGGAGUCGAUAAUAUUUUAAGCUCUGUGGAUUGCACGAAUAAUGUGGUUGAUUCCAAGGUGCUCGCCAUGAAUCAGGACAAUGCUAAGCAGCCGGAUCAGCAAUUGAUUGACUUCGAUAGUUUGCCGCAGCAACAGCAGAUUGAGGAUGUUUUCAACUAUAACAACAAUAACGAUAGAGCGAAUACGACUUCAGCAAUCCCGUCACUAGUCACUGCAGAUAGUCAGGAAAAUAGAGAUAUUUCUCUGUUCUAAGGAUUAAAAAAAAAGAGAUACUAAUAUUACUGGAGUGUGAAAAUGGACACUUUGAGGAAGGGUAAUAAUUGAAAAGAGUUAAAAAAAAACAAUUGUAUAAAAGAUUAAAUAUUAAAAAAUGAAAAUGCAUAUUGAGAGAUUAACACUUCACCUUUGAGUUGAGGAGGAACAGGGGGAAGAGUGUAAAACUGAUGAGAAAUUUUUUUGAAUGGAAAUAAUGAGAGAAAGAAAUUAAUGGAAACAAAAUAUAGGCUUCAAUUUUAUUGCAGAAAAGCCAAAGUUAAAAUAUCACAAGAAUGGUGAGCGAAAAAAAUACACAAUUCCUAGUAAUAUGUUACAUUUUAAUUAUUUAACGUGCAUCUUUAAUGUAUUAAAAAAAAAAACAAGAGAAAAAAAUAUGAUGAAAAGAAUUUAGCACAAAAAGCUAAUUAAAAAAAUCUUUAAAAGAAAAAUAUAUCUCUGACUUAGUAAUUUUGAUGGAGAAAUUGGUGGAGAAUUUAAAAUGAGAAAAAAAAACAAUUAAUCUAUCCCGUAUUUAAAGGCAACUGUAUAGGAAAAUAAAAUGCGCUAAUUCAAGCAUUCUUAAAAAGAGAUUAUAACCAACUCUUGUCUGAUUAAUCUUUAAAAAAAAAGAAAGAAAGAAAAGAAUUUAAAAAAAAAAGAAAAAUAAAACAUUUCCGAAGGGAACACUGAGAAAAACGGACGAAUAGGCAAAGGAAUGAAUUGCACCAAUAUAUUUAUUUGAUGUGUAAGACAAAGUAUAAUCAUUAGAGAAAUGGGAUGCCCAGUUUAUUGUUGCAUAGGAAAAAAAAUAAUAAUAUUUAUUAAAAAAAAUGAAAUGGGCGAGCUGAAGCAGGAGGAAUUUAUUUAUAUUGGUGGUUUGUGCAUUUUGCUACACUGUAGAAAUCAUUUUAUCCAACGUACUAUUGUUAAUGAAAUACCAAUUAAAAAAUUUUAUGUUUUUACAAAUGGAUUAUUUAAAUUUUUUGAUGAUUUUUUUAGAGAAAAAAACUGACAAAAGAGCAAAAAUAUUUGUAGAAAUGUAUCCGAAUGAUUAAACAAAAAAAAUGGAGAAAUUUAAAUUGUUCUGUUGCCCUAUCGUGUUUUAUAAUUAUAACUCAUGUACAAUUAUUUUUUUUUCAAUAAUUAUGCUAUUUAAUAAAAAAAAGGAAAAUUAACAAAAUUUUAGAACAUGAAAAAGUAUUUUUGAUUCAGAACUAAUUUCUCUUUUGGAAAGACAGAAAAGCUUGAUUUUUUUCUAUAUUGUAAUAUUAAAUACACUUUUUUUUCUUUGCUGAUGAAUAUUUAAAAUAAAAUAUUUUAAAAUAAAAUCACUUUCCUAUUAAAGAAAA